GCGGUGUUUGAAAAGUUUUCAGGAAGUUUUAAGACAAACCGAAACUGUGUCAACUCUGACAGGAAGAGUUAUACAGCUCGUUUUUUAACUGUUUUGACUGUGUUGAAACAAAAAGAAAAAAAUGCAGAGCAGUGCUUACGGGGCCUCGUUGGCCGGCGGUGCUUUUGACUUAGAGAACUUUGUAAAACAGCCUCAAACCAUUUUGCGCUGCCUGAGUUGGCUAUUUUCCAUCGUGGUCUUUGCAACCAUCACAGCAGAGGGCUACAUUAACCCGACAUCCACGAAAGAGACCAAGUGCAUGUUCAACGAAAAUGACAGCGCCUGCAACUACGGGGUGGGAAUCGGUGUCCUGGCCUUCUUGGCUUGUGUUAUCUUCCUCAUGCUGGACGCCUACUUCCCACAGAUCAGCAACGCCAAGGAUAGAAAAUACAUUGUUAUUGGAGAUUUGGUCUUCUCAGCGGCUUGGACGUUCCUGUGGUUCAUCUGCUUCUGUGUCCUGGCCAACCAGUGGUCCAAAACCACUGACUCCUCCGCUGUUGCUGCUGACGCCGCCCGGGCUGUCGUGGCAUUUUCUUUCUUCUCAAUCAUCACCUGGGGUCUGUUGUCCUACUUUGCUUAUGGACGAUAUCGCCAAGGUGUGAGUGACUUUGACCAGGAGUACAGAGACCCGGCCAACGACCACACCACCCCGUACCCACCAGCUCCGUACGCCAGCAGCGGCCCCACGGGCUACCAGCAGUCACCUUUCUCCCACAGUCAGGAGCAGCCCGGAGAGUACCAGCCGCCAGCUUACUGAAGGACUGAGAUUCAAAACUCAUGAAUCUGACAGGGGAGUUUUCUUUUUUAAAUAAAAGACGUGUGCCAAUGGUUCAUUUGCAACUCGGGACUGUUCCCUGCACUCCAAAUUUUCUUCCUGCAGAACAUGUUUGCAUAUUUUUGGGUGCACUGAUAUGUUUUUAGUGUGUCUCAUUGUUGUAAGUAGUUUGGUGGAUGUUUGCUGCAUUGUUGAGAAUGCCACACACAGCAGGCUGAUUCUGAAGAUAUUUUUGUGUUGGAAAUUGGAGGAUGACUGUGCAAUUGUUAUCUUUGUACCAAAAAAAAGUGUAGUUAUUUCAGUGCCUCUUUUGUUUCAGUUCAAUUUGAGAGCAGUUUAAUAUCUAAGCACUAAUCAACAAACAGGUUAGGAUUACUUUGCUGCUGGGAAAUCUGCUUUGCAUUGCUUAAAUGGACAGUUGAGUUUUAAUUUUUUUUUAUUUUUUUUGUUCUUUUUCAUGAAUGUGUUACUGUCUAGUACAUUUUUUCAUAUACAGCAGUUCAACAACUGUAAUUUCGCAAUACAGUUCCUCAGAAAUGAUUAACGUUCUUUGUUUUUUGCGACACAAGAAACCCAUGUUUUUUUAAUCAGUGGGUGCUUCGAAAAUGUUCCUUCAGUAACUACUGUAAUCUUCUUAUUUUUGUUUUUUUUAAUAAUCAACCACUGAAAAUGGAUUUUGUGCACUGAAAAACACAAUGUUAAUUUCCAUCAUCUGAUCUAAGAUUGUUAAUUUCAUGUUUUAAAUCUUCUACUACUACAACUUAGUUUAGUAUUUAAGGGUGUCUUUUUUGUUAAGGUAGCAAAACCAUACAUUUAUAUCAGCUACCUCUGUAGAAGUUGAAUGUGCCUUUCUUGAGUUUAGUUCAAUUCAGCAAAUAUUUCAGCCACGGUUUGAUUUCAAGAAUUCAAGAGUGAUAUUGUGGUAAAUUGACAUAUUUAUUAUCUUACUUAAUCCUCUCAGCCCUGUUAUAUGACAAUCACAUAAUAAUUUUACUUUUUUUCCUCUUGCUUCUCCUUGUUUUUCUCACGGUGUUGGACCUUUUUUACACAUGUUGCAGUCUUACUGUUAUACACAAUGGCUUCACAAUAAUUCUCCACUCGAGUGCCUUGUACAGUAUUCUGUAUCACACAGGGUUUGCCAAUAAAAACUGUUCCCAUUUUGAA